UAGUACAAGCUGGUGGUGGUGGGGGCUGGUGGCGUUGGCAAGAGCGCCCUGACCAUCCAGCUCAUCCAGAACCACUUUGUGGAUGAGUACGAUCCCACCAUUGAGGACUCGUACCGGAAGCAGGUGGUGAUUGACGGGGAGACGUGCCUGCUGGACAUCCUGGAUACAGCCGGGCAGGAGGAGUACAGCGCUAUGCGUGACCAGUACAUGCGCACGGGUGAGGGCUUCCUCUGCGUCUUCGCCAUCAACAACGCCAAGUCCUUCGAGGACGUGCACCACUACAGGGAGCAGAUCAGCAGGGUGAAAGAUUCAGACGACGUCCCCAUGGUCUUGGUCGGUAACAAGUGCGACCUGCCCUCUCGGACAGUGGACACCAAACAAGCUCAGGAGCUGGCGAAGAACUACGGGAUCCCUUUCAUUGAGACCUCAGCCAAAACCAGGCAGGGAGUGGAGGAUGCUUUCUACACACUGGUACGGGAGAUCCGGAAGCAUAAGGAGAAGAUCAGCAAUGGACGCAAGAAGAAAUGCUCCAAGAAAAAGUGUGUGAUCCUCUGAGAGUGACUGAUGCUGGAUUGGCAAGGAUCCUUGCCACUCCCGUGCCCUUUUGGUUUGUAAACUCCAGCAGAACAGCAUCCAGCCACAUCCUGAUGGCUGGUGGCUUUGGAGGUGCCGGGAGGAGAAGGCAUCAGAGACUAGGAUGUGACUUUCAUUUGGUUUUAUGAUUCAGUUUAUCCUUGAAGUUCCAACUAAAAACAAGUUAAAAAACAAACUCCCCUAACCCCUGAUGAUGAUGACCCAGAGAGAGAGACACCCUUCAUUUUGCUGGCUGUUUUUGAUGGAAGAAGGAAGCAUCCCCUGGAACAACUGAGGACAGAAAUGAGGGCAGCAAAAUCAGAUGAGCUGUGAGGUUGUAACUCCUUCCUGUCUGAUCAGAAACCAGGCUGUGAUGACACAGUGUAUUCCUGGUGGGAUUUAAUCUCUGGCCCCAUUAGCAGAUCUCUGCAUCCCUCUAGUUUGCUCUCCAGUUGGAGAGCAGGUCUUUUCUGGGCCAAGAACAGCUGUGCCACCUUAGCACACAACCUGUUGCCCCAAUGGAGAGAGAGGAUAAUUUGCUCACCAAAGGAAUAAGAGUAUCCAGGCCAAAUGCAGUUUUGCAUUGGCUGGAGGCUUAAGUCCAGCAAUCAAGAAGUUGCCAGGUUCUGGAGAUGGCCCCACACCACUGGCAGACCUGGUGGGUAGAAAGCCAGGAAACAUGGUGGGGUGUUGAUUGGAGCAGGGAUGUGCAGAAGGGCAGUAGCUGUGUUUUGAGGAGGGUGACAGAUUGUUUCUCCCCCAGUGUUUUGACUGUUCCUUGGAAAUUCAUGUUUUAUGAGGGACAAAGAUUCCAUGUGGAAAUGGUGCAGAUGCUCUGCUUCUGGGCCCCCUCUGUGUUAAGAUCUAGAAAGGCAUUUCUUCCCCAGUGCACUGGGCAAACAAGUGGGAGCUGCAAAUAAACCAGUGAAGAAAUUAA